CUCCACCACGGCAGCAUUUCGCCCACCGGUCUCUUUACGCAUCUAUCUCCCUCUCGCUCCCUACCCCCUUUUAUCGUUCCCUACCUACCCCACGACCUCUUCGCACGACCUCUCUCUCGUUGUACCCCUCCUCCCCCACCUGUACGCCCUUUCGCGAACGGGUGCAUAUACGACACCACGGGUGCAUAACACCCUCUGCGUCCCUCCGCUCGCUCUCGCUGCCUAUGGGUGAAGGUGUCGCGGCGCGAUGCGUUAUAGUGUAAGUGCGGCGUGAUGAAUGAACGGUAUUUUAGAGGGACGGAAGUGGCGCACGGAAGUGGUCCUACCUAGAGCCCUUUCGCAACGAUCGUACGUCACCCACCGCACUGGCGACACACAGGAAUCAGAGGAUCCCAUCCCUGCUAGCGAAGAUGCAGUUGCCCACGUGGAAGUACGGACCAGCUGUGCUCGAAGGAUUUAGUGACGCACCGCUUCUCUCUCUGUGAUUGCGCGAAUCUUGUCGCUCGGUCCUUUAUUCAUAACCGCGAUAAGAGCGAAAAGGUGCUCCACCACUGCUCCACGUGAAGACAGAUUUGUGAAAUGUUCUCUCUAACGAACCGAUGUUCGAUGGCGUGACGAUGAUAAAGCGCGUCGAGCGAUUUUGAAAAUUAGAUGUGAGAACGCGACUGAGAGAACCCGUAUAAAUUAAAUUGAAGAAUGUAGAAUCGUUAAAUCGUCAUUUAUCCGUCAUGAGUGUUUUCUGUGUUUCGUUGUGUGUGUGCGGAUAAACGCGCGAAUUCUCCAAGCGCAGAAAAAACAAAAACAAUGAAUCGUCAAAAAAGCGAACACGUGACUUCAGCAUGGUCGAUAUCUCGUGAAUAUUUCGUGGGAAAUGCUGCUCGAAAGCACGUCGCCCUCAGCCGACUGUUGCAGCUUUGAAGGAGCAGUUGACGUGAAAUGUAUCGGAAACGAUGGACUGUGAAAGCGUUGGGAAUGGAUUUACAAUAUAGCGGCAAUGGGACCGGUUGGUGCAAACCUUUCAAAAUGAUCUGCGUUUUCAUCCUCUUCAUGCUGUUACACGUUUUUCCAGAGAGCAUCGCGUACGAAUCGCAUGUUUUUUUGGCGGAUACCUUUCAAGAACGCACAACAGAGGAAAUUGAUCCAUACUUUGACACCACAAUGCCGUCCAACAUCACUAGUUUGGCUGGAGAAACUGUUCAACUGGCGUGCAGAGUGAAGAACAUCGGAAAUAGGACGGUUUCGUGGGUGAGACAUCGUGACAUUCACUUGCUGACAGUCGGCACUUACACUUACACGAGCGAUCAACGUUUCGAAGCGAAACACAUAUUCCAUACAGAAGAAUGGAUUCUCAAAAUACGAUAUCCGCAGCGAAAGGAUUCUGGUAUCUACGAGUGCCAAAUAUCCACGACUCCACCCAUCGGUCAUCCUGUUCGUCUGACUAUAGUUGAACCUGUGACGGAAAUAGCCGGCGGUCCUGAACUGUUCAUCAACAAGGACAGCACGAUAAACUUAACAUGCUACGUGAGACACGCGCCUGAACCACCGUCGACGAUAAUUUGGAGUCAUAACCAUCAGGCGAUUAACUUCGACUCACCGAGGGGUGGUAUCAGCCUGGUAACGGAAAAGGGACCCGUAACUUCGAGCCGUUUACUCAUUCAGAAGGCGAUCGGCAGAGACUCCGGCCUUUACACGUGUUCACCCAAUAACACUCAUCCUAACAGCGUACGGGUCCACAUAGUCAAUGAACACCCAGCGGCAAUGCAUCACGGUAGAGGCGACAGAAUGGCCGCGACGCUACUUCCGGUCGUCCUACUUCUUCGGAUAAUAUUCUAGCCGACGUUAUGCACUCUGGGCUCCAGGUUGAAUGCGCGUGAACUUAAGCACGGUCGCCUAACUGCCACGAAACCAUCGAGCGGAGAUUCAGUUUCGCGGUUUUGUCUCCGAAGACUCGCUGCGACGCGCAUUCGACACGUUUGCCUCGCGAAAGUAACGGAAUCUCGUCGUAGAUUUGCGUCGCGACAUCGCGUGUCUGCCAUUACGUCGUCAGACUGAUUGGAAUACAUCCGCGUUACGGAAAAUCCAUUUGUCACAUAGUCGCCUGGAAAACAUGAGUUAAAAUAAAUAUUAGACUAGAUAUAUCUGAGGAAAUGAUGAAUUGCGAGUAACACAACUAUGAAAUAUAUAUUUAGUUCUGCGUGGUUAAAAAAAAAGAACAAUAUAGCUUGGUAAUGGCCAAAAAAUUUGAUAUAAAUUAAAAAUAUUUUUUAUUAGGAAAUAUUACCUAUAUUACGCAACGAUGUUUCUUAAUUACUAAUUCCACUGCCAUAAUGGACAAACAAGAGAAUUUGUCCAUAAUAAUAACUUUCAACAUGAUUAGUCGAACAAAUAAAUAAAAGUAUCGUGUAAAUAAAUUCGAAUUUAUUUACACAAUACUUUCAAGGCCAUUGUCAUUUUGUGAAAAAAGUAUCUGAGUUCUUGCUCUACUACCGAAACAAGUACGAACUCUUUUUCUGUUCCGGCAGAGUCGCGUGUUCUCAUUUCUGCCGUCUAGAAUCUUUCCUCACUUUCCGAAAUAAAAAUUAUCUGCAAAAAAAAGAAUAUUUUGUAAAUGUCUCUCACGUACCAAUAUAAUAUGUAUGAUCUAAAAUCGAUCUCUGAAUUUCGAUAUUUAUACAUUCCUAAAUUUCUACGAGUAUUACAAAAGAAGAAACAGCAAUAUAAAAAUACAUUGUAAGAACCGAAAGAAUCGCUUUGAAUAUUGCCUGAAAUUAAAUUUACAAAAUUUUUUUGAAUAAUGUAUAAAGAACUUCAAAAAACGAGAAAAAUUAAUUGAUUCGCAGAAUUGAAUAAAUGCAAUACGACGUAAAAUGCGUAUUGGUAAAAUACAAAAUUUUUUUUAAAUCAAAUGGUAGAAACACGCACUAAUAUAUUGGGAUCUCAUUUUUUAGCAAAUUGUCAUCGUUUUCACCAGAAAAUCUUGAGCACAGUGUUCAUUAUUACAGUCAUUCAAUUAUCGAUUGUGCUUGGUAGACCGCAAUAUUCGUUUUAUUCGCUGCAAUUACCAAUAUUUUGACUGCGACUAGUUUUGAGUAUAUAUUCCAAUAUAAUCCCAUUAUUGAAUUAUCGGUUAUUACAGGAAACAAGUUGGAGGUUUUAAAAAAAGAAUUUUGUUAAUUGUAAAUAUCUGAGAGAAAAA